UGCCUUUGGGGGGCGGAAAGAGGGGGAGAGCCUCCCCCCACAUCUCCCCCGGAAUCCAUGGGGGGCAGUCGCAUGCAUGCAACCUAGGGGCAACAUUGGGGGCCGAAGAGCUGCAGCGCUUCCAUUGCACGAAGAUCCUCUUUGAAGCGCCCUCUGCCCCAGGAGUGGGGGUGGGAAGAGACGCCCUGGUGCAGAGGAGACCCCCGGGUGCCGGGGCUGAGAAAGCCGGCCUACCUCGCUGGGCUGCUGUGUGAGGACAAAAGGGGAGCAGGAGCAGGUGUUCCCCUCCCCCCAAAAGCCUUGGAGAAGAAAGCAGAUAAAAAAAAAGAAAUCGGAGCUGAAUUCCUGUUUGGAAGACGGAGAGGAUCUUAUUCAGGUUCCCAAAGAGGAGGAGACCUCAGCAGAAUGAGACCUCGCUUCCUGUAAGGAAGAAGGAGAAAGUCUAUUUAUCCAGGUCAUCAAAGAAGAGGAGGAGACCUCAGCAGAGCUAGGCCUCAUUUCCUGUUGGGAAAGAGGAGAAGAAGAAGAUCCACUUAUCCAGGGUCUCAAAGAAGAGGAGGCGGAGACAUCAGCAGAACCAGACCUCAUUUCCUGUUGGGAAGAAGGAGAAGAUCCAGUGAUGCAGGAACCCAAAGAAGAGGAGGAGACCUCAACAGGAUACAUGUGGGGGGUCAAGGCUGAGGGAGAACCAUCUGAAGUAUCACUGGGAAAAGCUGAGGAGCAGAUGCAGGAGCAGAAACUGAGGAGUCAAGAUGGAGCAAAGAGACAAGAGGAGCGACAGACGCACACAGGGGACAAACCUCAUUCAUGCUUGGAGUGUGGAAAGAGCUUCAGUGACAAUAGCAACUUUAUGUCGCAUCAAAGAAUUCACACAUGGGAAGAACCUCAUACAUGCUUGGAGUGUGGAAAGAGCUUCAGUCAGAGUGGCCAACUUACUUCGCAUCAAAGAUGUCACACCGGGGAUAAACCUUAUAAAUGCUUGGAGUGUGGAAAGAGCUUCAGGUGGAGUAGCAACCUUACUUCGCAUCAAAGAACUCACACAGGGGACAAACCUUAUCAAUGUGUGGAGUGUGGAAAAAGCUUCAGUGAGAGAUGCGCCCUUAUGGUGCAUCAAAGAACCCACACAGGGGACAAACCUUAUAAAUGUGUGGAGUGUGGAAAGAGCUUCAGUCGGAGUGACCACCUUACUUCGCAUCACAGAACUCACACAGGGGACAAACCUUAUAAAUGCUUGGAGUGUGGAAAGAACUUCAGUCGGAGUGACAGCCUUACUUCGCAUCAAAGAUGUCACACUGGCGACAAACCUUAUAAAUGCUUGGAGUGUGGAAAGAGCUUCAGGUGGAGUAGCCACCUUACUUCGCAUCAAAGAACUCACACAGGAGACAAACGUUACAAAUGCUUGGAGUGUGGAAAGACCUUCAGUCAGAGUGGCCAACUUACUUCGCAUCAAAGAUGUCACACCGGGGAUAAACCUUAUAAAUGCUUGGAGUGUGGAAAGAGCUUCAGGUGGAGUAGCAACCUUACUUCGCAUCAAAGAACUCACACAGGGGACAAACCUUAUCAAUGCAUGGAGUGUGGAAAAAGCUUCAGUCAGAGUGGCCAACUUACUUCGCAUCAAAGAUGUCACACUGGCGACAAACCUUAUAAAUGCUUGGAGUGUGGCAAGAGCUUCAGUCGGAGUGGCCAACUUACUUCACAUCAAAGAUGUCACACUGGCGACAAACCUUAUAAAUGCUUGGAGUGUGGAAAGAACUUCAGUCAGAGUAGCCAACUUACUUCGCAUCACAAAACCCACACAGGGGACAAACCUUAUAAAUGCUUGGAGUGUGGAAAAGGCUUCAGUAACAAUAGGAAUGUUACUUUGCAUCAAAGAAUUCACACAGGGGACAAACCUUAUAAAUGUUUGGAGUGUGGAAAGGGCUUCAGUCGGAGUUACCACCUUACAGUGCAUCAAAGAACUCACACAGGUGACAAACCUCAUAAAUGCUUGGAGUGUGGAAAGACCUUCAGUCAGAGUAGCCACCUUACUUGUCAUCAAAGAACUCACACCGGCGAUAAACCUUAUAAAUGCUUGGAGUGUGGAAAGGGCUUCAGUAACAAUAGGAAUGUUACUUUGCAUCAAAGAAUUCACACAGGGGACAAACCUUAUAAAUGCUUGGAGUGUGGCAAGAGCUUCAGUUACAGUAGCACCCUUACUUCUCAUCAAAAAUGUCACACCGGGGACAAAGCUUAUAGAUGCUUGGAGUGUGGAAAGAGCUUCAGGUGGAGUUGCAGCCUUACUUCACAUCAAAGAACUCACAGAGGGAACAAACCUCAUAAAUGCUUGGAGUGUGGAAAGAGCUUCAGGUGGAGUAGCAACCUUAUGGUGCAUCAAAGAACUCACACAGGGGACAAACUUUAUAAAUGCGUGGAGUGUGGAAAAAGCUUCAGUGAGAGAUGCGCCCUUAUGGUGCAUCAAAGAACUCACACAGGGGACAAACCUUAUCAAUGCGUGGAGUGUGGAAAAAGCUUCAGUCAGAGUAGCCACCUUACUUCUCAUCAAAGAACUCACACUGGUGACAAACCUCAUAAAUGCUUGGAGUGUGGAAAGACCUUUAGUCAGAGUUUCCAACUUACUUUGCAUCAAAGAUGUCACACCGGGGAUAAACCUUAUAAAUGCUUGAAGUGUGGAAAGAGCUUCAGGUGGAGUAGCAACCUUACUUCUCAUCAAAGAACUCACACAGGGGACAAACCUUAUCAAUGCUUGGAGUGUGGAAAGAGCUUCAGUGACAGUAGUGCCUUUAGUAAACAUAAAAGAACUCACACAGGUGACAAACCUCAUAAAUGCUUGGAGUGUGGAAAGGCUUUCAGUCAGAGUAGCCACCUUACUUCUCAUCAAAGAACUCACACUGGCGACAAACCUUAUAAAUGCUUGGAGUGUGGAAAGAGCUUCAGUAACAAUAGGAGUGUUACUUUGCAUCAAAGAAUUCACACAGGGGACAAACCUUAUAAAUGCUUGGAGUGUGGAAAGAGCUUCAGUGACAGUAGCACCCUUACUUCACAUCAAAGAACUCACAGAGGGAACAAACCUUAUAAAUGCUUGGAGUUGUCAUGGCCCCAUCAGAGGACUCCUCAGAUGAGGACGACUUGGGAGUAACAGCAGCAGACCCAGAAGCAGCAGACCCAGAAGGAGACACGGAGGAGACUCCUGAGAAUCCAGCUCCUUCUCCCCCUCAGCUGCAGAGCACCCCAGAUACAGCAAAGGCCCUGCAGCCAGACGCAGACAGUGAACAGGAUACUCCUCCCUCACCUGCAGAACGUAGACAGCAGGUGAGGCAGAAGAGAGGCAGGCCUGUCCCCUUAAGGCCAAAACGCUGAGGGCUCACACCUGCUGUCAAACCUGCUCCUUAUAAGGCACACCUUCACUUCGGCUUGUUGCUGACUGCAACGUCAGGCGUGGCUUCGUGUAUUCCUAGUUUCCUUGCAACCUCUUUUGGACUGACCCCUUGGCACUUGAUCCCGGACCUCUACUGACCUCGCUUCUGGACUCCUGACUCGGCAAGUACGCUUUGGACAGGCCUGGCCCUUAUCAGCUUCCCUCCUCCUAGACCUGGCAGAUUUACAGCCAGACUGCCGGCUAAGUGCUUUGCUUCCCUGCCAACCACCCAGGAAUUUCCAGCCCUCAUCAGGACUGCUGAUGCAGUGUAGAGCUGACAGGAGUGUGGAAAAAGCUUCAGUCAAAGUAGCCAUCUUAUGGUGCAUCAAAGAACUCACACAGGACAAACCUUAUCAGUGCUUGGAGUGUGGAAAGAGCUUCUUUUAGAAUAGCAAUCUUACUUUGCAUCACGAAACUCACACUGGGGACAAACCUUAUCAAUGCUUCGAGUGUGGAAAAAGCUUCAGAUGGAGUAGCGCCCUUACUUCGCAUCAAAGAAUUCACACAGGGGACAAACCUCAUAAAUGCUUGGAGUGUGGAAAGCGCUUCAGUGAGCGAUGUGCCCUUACUUUGCAUCACAGAACUCAUACAGGGGACACAUGUUAUCAAUGUUUGGAGUGUGGAAAGAGCUUCUGUCAGAGUGGCCAGCUUGCUUCGCAUCACAAAACUCACACCGGGGACAAACAAUUCUAACACAGAUGCAGACUGGGAUAGGUCUCAACCUGAAAGGCUUGUUGAAAGAGGAAAGUCUUCAAAAGGCAUCAAAAAGAUAGCAGAGAUGGCGCCUGUCUAAUAUUUAAGCGGAGGGAAUUCCACAGGGUAGGUGCCGCUACACUAAACGUCCAUUUCCUAUAUUGUGGAGAACAAACCACCUCGGCCUCCAUUGCGUCUGCUGGGAGCCGUCCAGCGGAACUGUUUCGAGUGGUUAGGGGGCUUUUAAGUUCCAGCCCCCGUGAGGGUAAUUCUGACCACUCAGCAGACCGCUGUCAAGAAUUUGCACGGCACUUUGCGGACAAAGUCGCUCAGAUUCGCUGUGACUUGGACGCUAAAAUGGAUACAGUCUCUGAGGAUGUAACUUCGGUGUCUGUUUGUCCAAUUAAAAUGGAUUUUUGCCUGAGGAUGUGGACAAGAUCCUUGGUGUGUACUGGACCCUUGCCCUUCCUGGCUCAUUAGAAGUACCAGAGGGGGACUGGUCGAUUGGGUCAGGGGAGUAGUUAAUGCCUCUCUACAACAAGGCAGAAUUCCAUCAUGCUUAAAGGAGGCAGUUAUAAGACCACUGCUGAAAAAGCCCUCCCUGGAUCCCUCUUUACUAGGUAACUACCGGCCAGUCUCCAAUAUUCCAUUUUUAAGCAAGAUAAUAGAGCGUGUGGUGGUCGCCCAACUCCAGAGAUUCCUGGAUGAUACGGAUUAUCUGGAUCCAUUUCAAUCUGGUUUCAGGCCUGGCUAUGGGACAGAGACGGCUUUGGUCGCCUUGGUGGAUGACCUACGCCGAGAACUGGACAGGGAGAGUGUGUCUCUGCUGGUUCUUCUGGACCUCUCAGCGGCUUUCGAUACGAUCGAUCAUGGUAUCCUUCUGGGCCGCCUUGCCGAGAUGGGACUUGGGGGCACUGUGUUACCGUGGCUCCAAUCCUUCCUGGAGGACUGAACCCAGAAGGUGGUAUUUAACAUCUACAUGACACCGCUGGGAAAGGUUGUCCGGGGUUUGGGGGUUCGGUGCCAUCAGUAUGCUGAUGACACUCAACUCUAUUUCUCUCUUCCACCUGAAGCCAAGGAAGCCGUACAGACCCUAAACCAGUGUCUGGCAUCAGUGAUGGACUGGAUGAGGGCAAACAAGUUGAGAUUAAAUCCUGACAAAACAGAGGUACUCCUGGUCAGUCGGAGGGCAGAUCAGGGAAUAGGGAUUCAACCGGUGCUGGAUGGGGUCGCACUCCCCCUGAAGUCUCAGGUUCGCAGUUUGGGUGUACUCCUGGACUCAGCUUUGAAUUUGGAGGCCCAGAUUGCUACUGUAUCCAGGAGCGCGUUUGCCCAAUUAAAACUGGUGUGCCAGCUGCACCCGUUCUUGGAGCUACCUGAUCUGACUAGGGUGAUGCAUGCCUUGGUUACAUCCCGCUUAGACUACUUUAAUGCGUUCUACGUGGGGCUGCCUUUGAAGACUGUUCGGAAACUUAAAUUGGUACAAAGAGCUGCAGCCAGAGUGCUAACCGGGGCUGGUUACAGGGACCAUAUAACUCCCCUGUUACAACAGCUCCACUGGCUGCCAAUUUGUUUCCGGUCACAAUUCAAAGUGCUGGUUUUGACCUACAAAGCCCUAUACGGCUCAGGUCCAGACUAUUUGACAGAUCGUAUCUCCCUACAUGAACCUGCCCGGGACUUGAGAUGUUUAGGUGAGGCCCUUCUUGUGUUCCCCACACCUUCGCAAGCACAUAUGACGCGGACACUAUAUAGGGCCUUUUCUGUGGCCGCCCCUAGGCUGUGGAACUCCCUUCCGAGUGAGGUGUGAUCAGCUCCCUCCUUGCUGUCUUUCCGGCGACCAGUAAAGACUGUUUUAUUUCAACGGGCAUUUGGGAUAGAGAACGACCAGGAUUAAGUGUCAUAGGUUUGGUGAUUACAUUAUAUGAUUUUAUUAUUUUAAAUUGUCCGCUGUUUUUAACCUCUAUUUUAUGGUUUUAAUUUUUCUCAUAGUUUAGUUCUAUUUUAAUUGUAUAUUUCUGUAUGUUUUAAUGGUGUUGUUUUUAGUUGUAAGCCGCUCUGAGUCCUAUUGGAAAAAGGGCGGGGUAGAAAUAAAGUUUAUUAUUAUUAUUAUUAUUAUCAUUAUCAUCAUCAUCAUCAUCAUCUGCAGGAGACCUUCACCUGCAGAGGGCAGUGAUCGACUGGGUAUAUCAGGGUAAGAUGGUCUUUCAGGUAUCCUGGUCCCAAGCUGCAUAAGGCUUUGUACAGCAAAACGAGAACCUUGAACUUGGCCCCAUAGCAAAUGGGCAGCCAGUGCAGUUCUUUCAGCAGCGGGGUGACAUGUUGGCGAUGCCCUGCCCCAGUGAGCAAUCACACGGCCACAUUUUGCACCAGCUGCAGCUUCCGGACCAACCUCAAGGGCAGCCCCACAUAGAGCACAUUACAGUAAUCUAGCCUAGAGGUUACCAGUGCGUGGACAACAGUGUUCAGGCUAUCCCGGUCCAGAAACGGCAGCAGGUGUCUCACCAGCCAAAGCUGGUAAAAGGCACUCCUAGCCAGAGAGGUCACCUGGUCCUCUAGUGACAAAAAUGGAUCCAGGAGCACCCCCAGACUACGGACCCACUCUUUCAGAGGGAGUACAACCCCAUCCUAAACAGGCAACUGACCAGUUAUCCAAACUCGGGAACCACCAACCCACAGUGCCUCCAUCUUGCUAGGAUUUAGACUCAGUUUAUUGGCCCUCAUCCAGCCCACCACCGAGUCCAGGCAGCGGUCCAGGGCUUGCACGGCCUCUCCCAAUCCAGUUGUUACAGAGAAAUAGAGCUGGGUAUCAUCAGCAUACUAACACCUCACCCCAAAUCUCCUGAUGACCUCUCCCAAAGGCUUCAUAUAGAUGUCAAACAGCAUGGGGGACAAGAUGGUACCCUGCAAAACCCCACAGCACAGCUGCCAGGGGGGCGAAAGACAGUCACCCAACGCUAUCCUCUGAGAGCGACCUUGGAGAUAGGAUCGGAACCACUCUAAAACAAUUCCACCAAU